AAAAGUGUUGCAAAAUAAAUAAAGGACCCUGCUGAAUUGGGUGAUUGCACUGCAGGAGAGGAAAAUCUGAGCAUCAGCCAGAAGAACUUUCCAUGAGCUGAUCUUUCUGCUCAUAAAAAAAGAGAUCCUGAGUCUAGUCCUUUGUGUAUCUGUGCAUCUUGCUGUAAUGUUCCUUUGUAUUUUUAAAUACCUUUUUUGUUUUAUUUGUAGGGAAUUUUGUUUGCUAAACAACAAUGCCUAAAACAUCCCAAUGAUCUUGUGCGCCUGUGGCUUCAUGAGUCUUCACGUGUCUAUGGUGAUAAACUGGUGGAAGAAAAAGAUUGUACUCUCUUUCAUAAAAAGUUGAUCGACACUGCACAUAAAUACUUUGAGACCCUAACUACAUGCCUGUCAAGGAUUGGGAAGUGCUAAGGAAGAUACUUGUGGAGACCCUAGAAAACUACAAUGAACUGAAUGCAUCUAUGAACCUAGUUUUAUUUGAAGAUGCCAUACAGCAUGUAUGUCGUAUUAGCCGAAUCUUGGAGUCAUCUCGUGGUUAUGCACUUUUGAUUGGAGUUGGUGGCAGUGGGAAACAAAGCUUAUCAAGACUUGCUGCAUACAUUGGCUCUCUUGAAGUGUUUCAGAUUACCCUGAAGAAAGACUAUACAAUUCAAGAUUUAAAGGUAGAUCUUGCCAAUCUGUAUAUCAAGACAGGAGCCAAGAACAUUCCCACUGUGUUUAUACUGACAGAUGCUCAAGUUCCAGAUGAACGCUUUCUUGUGCUGAUUAAUGACUUGUUGGCAUCAGGAGAGAUUCCAGAUCUAUUCACAGAUGAAGAUAUGGAUGGUAUAAUUACAGGAAUUAGGAGUGAAAUACGAGGGCUUGGUCUUAUUGACACAAGAGAAAACUGCUGGAGAUUCUUUUUAGAUAGAGUACGAUUGCAGCUAAAAAUUAUUCUGUGUUUCUCUCCUGUCGGUUCCACACUGAGAGUUAGAGCUCGGAAGUUCCCAGCUAUAGUUAACUGCACAGCUAUUGACUGGUUUCAUGAGUGGCCGCAGGAGGCCCUACACUCCGUCAGCAGGAGGUUCAUUGAGGAGAUGCCUGGGAUUAAGCCACAGUUUUAUGACACCAUUUGCUAUUUUAUGGGCUAUGCCCAUACCAGUGUAAAUACGAUGAGUAUAAAGUUUCAGCAGAAUGAGAAGAGGUAUAACUAUACAACUCCCAAAAGUUUUCUGGAACAAAUAAUGCUUUAUAAGAAUCUCCUGGAAAGGAAAAUCCAGAAAAUGUCUCAGCACAAGGAACACCUUGUUAAUGGCAUUCAAAAGCUGAAAACAACAGCGUCUCAGGUGGAGGACUUAAAAUACAAACUUGCCUCUCAAGAGGCAGAACUGAAACUGAGAAAUCAAGAUGCUGAAGCUUUGAUUACUAAGAUAGGGCUGCAGACUGAGAAAGUGAGCAAGGAAAAGGCCAUUGCUGAUGCUGAGGAGCAAAAGGUUGUUGCCAUCCAAGUUGAAGUAUCUCAGAAACAGAAAGAGUGUGAAGAUGACUUGGUAAAAGCUGAACCUGCUCUGGUGGCAGCUACUGCAGCUCUAAAUACACUUAAUAAGGUGAAUCUUUCUGAACUCAAAGCAUUUCCUAGCCCACCAGUUGCAGUGACCAAUGUUGCAGCUGCAGUAAUGGUCCUACUAGCAAGUAAAGGGAAAGUGCCAAAAGACCGAACUUGGAAGGCUGCUAAACUCUUCAUGGGAAAGGUGGAUGAAUUCUUGCAAGCUUUAAUUAAUUAUGAUAAAGAGCAUAUCCCUGAAAACUGUCUGAAAGUAGUCAAAGAACAUUACUUGAAAGAUCCAGAUUUCAACCCAAACUUGGUUCGAACGAAGUCAUUUGCAGCAGCUGGUCUUUGUGCCUGGGUUAUCAACAUAGUAAAAUUCUAUGAGGUAUACUGUGAUGUCGAACCAAAACGGCAAGCGCUGGCCCAAGCAAAUGCUGAACUUGCAGCAGCCACGGAAAAGCUAGUUGCCAUUAGGAAAAAACUUGCAGAACUGGAUCUCAAUCUGAGCAGACUCACAGCAUCAUUUGAAAAAGCAACAGCAGAAAAGGUUAGAUGUCAAGAAGAUGUUGGCCAAACCAGUAAGACCAUAGAGUUGGCGAACAGACUAGUUAAAGGACUUGAGUCUGAAAAUGUUCGCUGGACUCAGUCCAUAAAAUCUUUUGAAGCACAAGAAGUAACUGUGUGUGGCGAUGUUUUGCUGACAGCAGCUUUCGUUUCUUACAUUGGGUCCUUUACCAAACAAUAUCGUCAUGAGCUAGUGGAAUCUAUGUGGCUUCCAUUCCUGAAAUCACAAAAAAAUCCUAUUCCAAUCAGUAAAGACUUAGAUUUGGUUGCCAUGUUGACUGAUGAUGCAGUGAUUGCCUCAUGGAAUAAUGAAGGACUACCAAGUGAUAGAAUGUCGAUAGAAAAUGCUGCGAUUCUUACAAACUGUGAGCGCUGGCCACUUCUUAUAGAUCCUCAACUACAAGGAAUAAAAUGGAUAAAAAAUAAAUAUGGAACAGACCUUAAAAUUGUACAACUAGGACAGAAGGGGUUUUUGAAAACUAUUGAAAGAGCUUUGGCUUGCGGAGAUGUCGUCCUGAUUGAAAAUCUGGAAGAAGCCGUAGAUCCUGUGCUUGAUCCUUUGCUUGGAAGAAACACAAUUAAAAGGGGGAUGUUUAUCAAAAUUGAAGACAAAGAAUGUGAAUUCAACAAGAAUUUCCGCCUCAUCCUUCACACUAAGUUGGCUAACCCACACUACAAGCCAGAGUUGCAGGCUCAGACAACUCUUAUAAAUUUCACAGUUACAAAGGAUGGAUUGGAGGAUCAGCUAUUGGCUGAGGCUGUUACUGUUGAGCGACCUGAUUUGGAAGCAUUUAAGUCUCUUCUGACAAAGCAACAGAAUGAUUUCAAGAUUCAGCUGAAGGUCCUGGAGGAUGAUCUGCUAUUUCGCCUUUCUGCUGCUGAGGGCAGUUUCUUGGGAGACAAUGAACUUGUGGAGAAACUUGAAACAACAAAGUCAACAGCUGCAGAGAUAGAGCUCAAGGCAACGGAAGCCAAAGAAAAUGAAGUUGAUAUUAAUGAAGCGAGAGAAUAUUACAGGCCAGCAGCUGCAAGAGCUUCUCUUCUUUAUUUCGUCAUAAACGAUCUGAACAAAGUCAAUCCCAUCUACCAAUUUUCACUAAAGGCUUUCAACACUGUCUUCCAUAAAGCAAUGGAGAGAGCAGAGCUGUCAGAUGAUAUCCAAGAGCGGGUUUCCAACCUGAUAGAAGCUAUUACAUAUUUCACCUUUCUUUACAUAAGCCAGGGGCUUUUUGAAAGGGACAAGCUUGUUUUUCUUGGCCAGACAACAUUUCAGAUUCUGUUGAGAAGUAAAGAGAUAGAACUGACUGAACUGAAUUUCCUGCUGCAAUUUACAGUUGAACGCCCUUACAAAAGUCCUGUAGACUUUAUAUCUACUCAGUCAUGGAGUGCCAUAAGAGCCAUUGCCUUAAUGGAUGAAUUCCGAGGAUUAGACAGAGAUAUUGAGGGUUCUGCCAAGAGAUGGAAAAAAUGGGUGGAUUCAGAAUGUCCAGAAAAGGAGAAACUUCCUCAGGAGUGGAAAAGCAAAACUUCUUUCCAAAAGCUUAUCAUACUACGAGCAUUGCGUGCAGAUAGAAUGACAUAUGCUCUGAGAAACUUUGUAGAGGAAAAGCUAGGUUCAAAGUAUGUGGAUGGCACAAGAACAGAGUUGAUUAAAUCCUAUGAAGAAAGUAGUCCAGCCACCCCAGUGUUUUUCAUUCUUUCUCCUGGAGUUGAUCCUCUUAAAGAUGUGGAGACACUUGGGAAAAAACUUGGCUUCACAAUAGACUCUGGGAAAUUUCACAAUAUCUCUUUAGGACAAGGGCAAGAGAUUGUUGCAGAAGAGGUAUUGGAAAAAGCUGCGAAACAUGGGCACUGGGUUAUUCUCCAAAAUAUUCAUCUUGUAGUUAAGUGGCUGAGUACCUUAGAGAAACUGCUGGAGAAAUACAGCAAAGGAAGCCACUCUGACUACCGUGUCUUUAUUAGUGCUGAACCAGCUCCAACUCCUGAAGAACACAUAAUACCUCAAGGAAUAUUAGAGAACUCUAUUAAAAUUAUUAAUGAACCCCCUACUGGUAUGCUGGCAAAUCUUCAUGCUGCUCUCUACAAUUUUGACCAGGAUACACUUGAAUUGUCUGCCAGGGAGCAAGAGUUCAAAAGUAUCUUCUUUUCUCUCUGCUACUUUCAUACCUGUGUUUGUGGCAGACUAAAGUUUGGACCUCAAGGAUGGAAUCGAAGAUACCCUUUCAAUGUAAGAGAUCUCACCAUCUGUGUCGAUAUCCUCUACAACUAUUUAGAGGCAAACACUAAGGUUCCAUGGGAAGAUUUACGUUACCUUUUUGGUGAGAUUAUGUAUGGUGGACACAUCACUGAUGACUGGGACCGCAGACUCUGCUACACAUACUUAGAAGAAUUUAUGAGCCCUUCUCUGCUUGAAGGUGAAUUUGCUUUAGCACCAGGCUUUCUUGCUCCUCCCAACUUGGAUUAUAUUGGAUACCACAAAUACAUUGACGAAAUGCUGCCAGUUGAAAGCCCUGUGCUAUAUGAUCUCCAUCCAAAUGCUGAGAUAGAUUUCUUGACAAUUUUGUCUGAUAAUCUUUUUAAAACUCUGUUGGAAAUGCAGCCGAGGAAUCUCCUUGUUGGAGAAGUUGCAGGACAGUCAGCGGAAGAAAAGGUAAAGAAUGUCCUGGAUGAAAUUUUGGAGAAGCUUCCAGAAGAAUUUAACAUGGGUGAAAUAAUGCAAAAGUCUGCUAUACGAAGCCCUUAUGUUCUUGUUUGUUUUCAAGAAUGUGAGAGGAUGAACAUUCUUAUUCGAGAGAUACGGCGGUCACUUAAGCAAUUAGAUCUUGGUUUGAAAGGGGAACUUACAUUUUCUCCCACUAUGGAAGCUUUGCAGUCAUCAUUGUUUUAUGACCUGAUCCCAGAUGUAUGGACCAAACUGGCUUAUCCUUCCACUUACAGCCUUGCUCAAUGGUUUAAUGACCUUCUUUUAAGAUGCCGAGAACUUGAUACUUGGACACAAGAUCUUGUACUUCCUGCAGUGGUGUGGCUUUCUGGCUUCUUUAACCCUCAGUCUUUUUUGACUGCCAUUAUGCAAAGCAUGGCACGGAAGAACAACUGGUCUCUGGAUAAGAUGUGUCUGACAAUAGAUGUCACCAAAAAAACUAGAGAGGAUUAUGGUCACCCACCAAGGGAAGGAGCAUAUAUCUGUGGCCUUUUUAUGGAAGGAGCUAGAUGGGACCUUCAAGCAGGAGUUAUAGCUGAAGCCCGACUAAAGGACUUGACUCCAGUGAUGCCAGUGAUUUUCAUAAAAGCAAUUCCAGCUGACAGACAAGAAACCAAGCACAUUUAUAAAUGCCCAGUUUAUAAAACUAAAAUUAGAGGACCCACCUAUGUUUGGACCUUUAACCUAAAAAGCAAAGACAAGCCAGCCAAGUGGGUCCUUGCAGGAGUAGCUCUACUCCUGGCAGUUUAAGCAGUGCCUCUGCAACAUUAUCCCAGCCUUUCUUAUAUAAGCCAAAGCCAAAAAAGUUCUUAUCAUAGCGAAUCAUCAUGUACAUCAUACUGCUGCAAGUUACCAAAAGAAGUCCUCAGGACAAUGCUCACAACUUCCAUUUGUUUAUUAUCAAAGUUGUUUAUCACCAAUAUAUACAACACAGAAAAUAAAAGAACACAUGCACCACCAAAACACCCAAAUCAAAUCUGUUAUUCAUUUAACAGUAUUUCAAAUUUUAAUUACAGUGUCAAGCUAAAAUACUUUUUAUAUAUUUUUAAAAAUAAGCAUCUUUAUAAAAUGUGCUGUU